CUCUGAAACUAAAGAAGAAGACUUUCUGCGCUGUCUUCCGCUGAGCAGCAGAAACUGAACCCUCGUCUUUAGAAGUGAACAUUUCCGGUAAUAAAGAGAUUAAAACUUUAUUUUAGCUGCAGAUUAGUCGCCAGGUUGUGAUUUAAAAAAAAUGUCAGACAGUUUAAGUUAGCAGCAUGUUAAGGCGCUAGCUUUCUGUUAGCAUGUUGCUAACGGUCCCGCAGAGCCGGUUCUUCUCAUCAUGGCGGAGUUCAAGUGUCGGAAAUCAGAAACUUUGAGAAGACAAGAAGAGGAGCGGCAGGAUGACACCAAACGUGAGGAGGAGGAGGAGGAGGUCCCCGGCGCUGGAGGUGAUGAAGAUGAUGUGAGGGAGGAAGAGUCCAGCAGAGCUCCGUCCUCCAAACAGAGCUGCGCUGCAGUUGGGUUCCUGCAGGUUCUGGUGAGGGGGUUCUUUGGAGUCCUGGCAGCGGUGGCUUGUGGGAUGCUUUACGCCGCGUACCUGUCUGCGUAUCACGACAGGAAGUUCUGGUUUUCCACCAGGCAGGAGCUGCAGCGGGAGCUCUCCUUCCAGGGCGGCAGCGGCUUCUACUUCCAUUUCUUCAAGCGCAUGUCGGCGGCGCCGUCCUUCGACAGAGGGUUUUCCGAGCUGCUGCUGGACAACCGGACGGUCUCGGGCGAGACGCUGAACGCCGUGGAGCGUUUGUUUCUGUACCCGGAGCUCAUCUCCAGCUUCAUCUACAGAGCGACGGGCUGCCAGGACUACGUGGAACCGGUCUACUUCUACAUCGGGACGGUUCUGGGCCUGCAGGCGUUCUACGUCACGGCCCUGUUCGUGUGCAGCUGGGUUCUGAGCGGGACCUGGGUGUCCGGGCUGUUGGCCGUGUCCUGGUACCUGAUCAACAGGCAGGACACGACCAGAGUGGACCAGGCGGUUCCUCUGCGGGCCAACUGGGCCCUGCCGUACUUCUCCUGUCAGGUGGCGGCUCUGACCGGGUUCCUGAGCAACACUGGUUCUGCUGCUGAGAUGUUCUGCUACCUCACCAUGAGCGUCAGCACCUUCACCUUCCUGCUGCUCUGGGAGCACGCUCACUACGUGCUCUUCGUGCAGGGCCUCUGCGUGCUCCUGCUGGACUCCCUGGACCUGGUUCCGCCACGGAAGGUAACCUCGGAUCAUUGUGGGGGUGGGGUUGGGAGGAAAGAGGCCCCCGGUCACCUGAACGCCUCACCUGAGUCUCCUGUAGACGGUUUGCAGGGUGGACAGCAGACAGACUGUCAGGACCAGGACGUAGAAGGGCAGAACCGAGGCCUGGGUCAGCCGCAGGAACAAGUCCUGACCCGGCGUUUGGAGCCCGUCCUGGCACAGCAGGAAGUUGAACCCCUGGAUGUUUGGACCGUCUCUGAGCUGAAGGUGUUUCCUCUUCUCAGCGGUCAGCCAAUCAGCACCGACCUCCGGCUGGAAGACGGACGGAUCGGCGAACGCCCGGCGGUCGUUUACCACGUUUUCCACAUGUUGCUCUUCGGUUUCCUGACCCUGCUGUUUGACGGGGUGAAGUACGUGUGGACGCCGUACGUCUGCAUGUUCACGGCGUUCGGGGUGUGUUCUCCUGAUCUGUGGAUGACCGUGUUCAGAUGGCUCAGGCUCAAGUCGGUCCAUCCGGUGGUUCUGUCUCUGAUUCUGAGCACGGCGGUCCCGACCAUCAUCGGCUUCAGCUUGUGGAGAGAGUACUACCCUCGAGUCUUGGCGGAGUUGGCGGACCUGCAGGAGUUUGACGAGCCGGACACGGUGGAGCUGAUCAGCUGGAUCAGGUCUCAGGUUCCGGCCGCGGCCGUGCUCGCCGCCAGCCCGCAGCUGCUGGGGACGUUAAAACUGUGUUCUGGUUCGGUCGUGACCAGCUUACCGGUUUACACGGACCUGGACCUGCUGAGGAGAACCGAAGACACCUACCAGGUGUACGCCAUGAGGUCUGCGGAGGACGUCUACAAGCGCCUGACGGCUCACAAGACGAACUACGUGAUCGUGGAGGAGUCGAUCUGCAACGAGCUGACCGUCAGAAAGAACUGCCGGGUCAAAGAUCUGCUGGACGUGUCCAACCAUCACGUGGUCUACGACCGAGGAGGGACGCACUCGUCCUCCAAACACGGGCGCUUCUGUCAGGAGGUGAAGAUGAACUACUCCCCGUACACCAACUACUUCACCCGGGUCUUCUGGAACCGCUCGUAUCACGUCUACAGAGUGAACGCCGUCGUGUCCUUUCAGUUCUGAUGGACGCGUCGCGCACGGCUUCGGGACGCGGCGAUGAAAUCUGACGACGAGCUGAAGGGUCAGGCGUCGGAGCCACCAGCUGAGCUUUCGCCACAGACGUUUGGUUCAGCUCGGCUCAUGGAAGAUUCUGGUUCUGACCCAAACCGGCUGGUACCGAGCAGAUUAAGAAACAAAUGAAUUCUACAGUCAGGCAAAGUUUAAAAGCAACAUCUUAAAUAGUUUAUUCCUUUUAUUCACACACACAAAAGAAUCAUAAUCUGCAGGAUAACUGCGCGAGUCACGUGUCCAAAAGAUAUCUAAAGCUCGUCGGCGCAGCCUGGGUGCACGUCGCAUACAAUUUAUAACAAGAUUAGUUUUAUUUUUCUGUCUCUUCGUUUGUUUCCAAACGUUACUGAACCUGCUAACCGGGUCAGAACGGUGGCGCAGAGGACGUGAAGCUUGUGGUAAAAUAAAACCUUUUCUCAUGGAUUCUGUGCGUUUGUGCCUCGUUUAGUUUUUAUAGUUUCCUGCAGAAACGUCGUCAUCACAUUAUUUUUAUUUCACUUCAAC